AUGUUUGAAGGACAAAGUAAUUUUUCCAUCACAAAUGUGAGCAAAGAGGAUGGAGGGGAAUAUACCUGCUAUUCUUGUGAUCCAAAUACCCAGUCCCAGUCAGAACGCAGUGAACCUGUGGAGCUGCUGAUACAAGAUCCAGAUCUGCCCAGACCCAACAUCUCCAUACGCCCUAACAAGUGGGCUGCCAUAGGGCACAACGUCACCAUCCAGUGCUGGGCCAAAGGUCCAAUCAAGAGGUUCUAUCUUCAUACAGUUAAUAAGAAGAUCCAAGAGGUUCAGCUGAUACAAGAGGUUGAGCCAGAUGGGGACAUGGCUGAGUUCCUCCUUAGCAAUGUGAACUGGCAUCAUGCAGGGAGAUACCACUGCAACUAUAGACCCCCAUCGGGAUUUCUCACCUCCAUGUCCAGCAACUCUGUGGAACUGCCAGAUAUCAGCAUACCCGGACCCAUCAUCUCCGUGACUCCUGCUGAGUGGGUUUCCCUUGAAAGAAAUAUCACUAUCUACUGUCAAAGCAACUUUCCAGUCUGGCAUAUCAGGACAUUUUAUCUUGAAAAGGAAGGAGGCCAGAUAUCACUGGAGCUGAAACUCCAUGAGGAAAGUGCCACAUUCUUUAUAGGCAAAGCAAGCUGGGAGCAUGGAGGAAGAUAUACCUGUAGAUACACCUUCAGGUCAAUAAUUUCACAGCCCAGUGAUUCUGUGGAGUUGCUGAUAACAGAUCCUGAUCUUCCAAGGCCCAAUAUCUCCCUGAGUCCUAAUGCUGUGGCCGUCCUCGGAAGCAAUAUCACCAUCCAGUGCUGGACAGAGGGUCUCAACAACACAUUCAGUCUCCGUAAGGAUGGAGAGCAGAGGGCAUCACGAUCAGCAGAGCCAGAAGGGGGCAGGGCCCUGUUCCGAAUCAGCUACGUGCGCCUGGAUCAUGCAGGGAGCUACAGCUGCAGCUACCGACCACCCAAGCUUUUCAAGUCUUCAGAGACAAGCAGGAAGGUGGAGCUCUUGGUGUUAGAUCCCAGCAUCCCCAGGCCUACCAUCUCUGUCAGCCCCAGUCGGUUGGUUGCCCAUGGGGGGCAAGUCAAAAUCUCUUGUGAAAUUGAAGACGGGCCUGCAAAAUUCUAUCUACAUGAGGCUGGUGACCCAACACUGAAGUGGCCCAUGAAGAGUAACUGGGAUGUGGGUGAACUUUCCUUUAUCAACAUCAGUUGGGACCACCAAGGGAACUAUAGCUGCAGCUAUGCAUGUUCUAAAACACCUUUUCUGUUAUCAACACACAGUGACUCCCUGGAACUACUGGUAUCAGAUCCCAAUGAUCUCGUCUCAGAGUCUGCCGCCUAUGCACGCUUUGCCAUCGGAGGUCUGGUGCUUCUUCUGCUUGCGUAUAUCAUAAUUGCAGACCAUCACCUCUGGAAGGAACACCAUGAGGCCCAACUCUCUCCCAUUCCAGCUCUCUGUCACUUUCCUGUCAAAUCCAGGAAUGAACCCAAGUUAGUUUCCUAAAGAUCAGCAAGGAGUCACAGCUUAAUGGUACACCACAUUUUUUGUCUAUGUAGAAAAU